CUCUGAAGCUGUCUUUUCCCUCUCGCGCCCUCUCAACGGCUCGCUAGACAGACGCUUACAAAAAGGCGCGUAGUAAAGAUUAAAUAGUCGUUAGUUUACAAGUGAUCUUGAUUAAUUUACUCGGAAACUCGAUUUCAACAUGAGGGAAAUUGUUCAUCUGCAGGCCGGUCAAUGUGGAAAUCAGAUCGGUGCCAAGUUUUGGGAGGUUAUCAGUGACGAGCAUGGAAUAGACCCAACAGGCACUUAUCAUGGAGAUAGCGAUCUGCAGCUUGAGAGAAUCAACGUGUACUAUAAUGAGGCAACAGGUGGCAAGUAUGUUCCUCGUGCCAUUCUAGUUGAUCUGGAGCCUGGCACGAUGGACUCUGUCCGCUCUGGACCAUUCGGCCAAAUAUUCAGACCGGACAACUUUGUCUUUGGACAGAGUGGUGCAGGUAACAACUGGGCAAAGGGCCAUUACACUGAGGGAGCAGAGCUGGUAGACUCUGUCCUGGAUGUGGUGAGAAAGGAAGCCGAGAGCUGCGACUGUCUUCAGGGUUUCCAGCUCACCCACUCCCUUGGAGGCGGUACAGGCUCUGGUAUGGGUACCCUGUUGAUUAGCAAGAUCCGUGAGGAGUACCCUGACCGCAUCAUGAACACCUUCAGUGUGGUGCCCUCCCCCAAAGUGUCAGACACUGUGGUGGAGCCCUACAAUGCCACCCUGUCUGUGCAUCAGCUAGUGGAGAACACUGACGAGACUUAUUGCAUCGACAACGAGGCCUUGUAUGACAUCUGCUUUCGCACUCUGAAGCUGACAACUCCCACUUACGGGGACCUCAACCACCUGGUGUCAGCCACCAUGAGUGGUGUCACCACCUGCCUGCGCUUCCCCGGCCAGCUCAACGCCGACCUACGUAAGCUAGCUGUCAACAUGGUCCCAUUCCCCCGCCUGCAUUUCUUCAUGCCAGGCUUUGCCCCCCUCACCAGCAGAGGCAGCCAGCAGUACAGAGCGCUGACGGUGCCUGAACUCACCCAGCAGAUGUUCGAUGCCAAGAACAUGAUGGCUGCCUGCGACCCCCGUCACGGCCGCUAUCUCACUGUGGCCGCCAUUUUCCGUGGCCGCAUGUCCAUGAAGGAGGUGGACGAGCAGAUGCUGAAUGUGCAGAACAAGAACAGCAGCUACUUUGUCGAAUGGAUCCCCAACAAUGUCAAGACUGCAGUCUGCGACAUCCCGCCCCGCGGCCUUAAAAUGGCCGCUACCUUCAUCGGCAAUAGCACGGCCAUCCAGGAGCUGUUUAAGCGCAUCUCUGAGCAGUUCACAGCCAUGUUCCGCCGCAAGGCGUUCCUGCACUGGUACACUGGAGAGGGCAUGGACGAGAUGGAGUUCACCGAGGCCGAGAGCAACAUGAACGACCUGGUAUCGGAGUACCAGCAGUACCAGGAUGCCACCGCCGAGGAGGAGGGCGAGUUUGAAGAGGAGGGAGAAGAGGAUAUGGGUUAGACGGAUAAAAGGGUUUUUUAAAAUCAAUUUCAACUGCAUUCCAUUCCUGGUUUCAGUUUAUUCUUUUAUUCUUUCACUGCACAAAGAGCUGCUGUCAGUGUUUAACCUGUUGUAAUUGCAAUAAAUCUUAUCAGCAUUUUCUGAA